AUGGAAGGAAUGUUUGAUCUGGAGAUGGCUCUGUCCAUGACAACUGCAGAGGCCCCGUCCUGGGCCCACACACGUGGCAGCUCAGGGAGGCCUGAGCUGGGCUUAGACCCCCAGUUGUACGAGGACAACUACACCACCUCGCCCUUUACCCGGGAGAUAGAGGACUACCCACUACCUCGGAGGUUCAAGAUCCCGAACAUCGAACUGUACGACGGCUUGACCGACCCGGAAGAUCACCUUUCGGUCUUCCUGACGCAUAUGCGCCUACAAAUCGCUGCGGAUAGGGUCCGCUGCAAAACCUUCCCCAUGUUCCUGAAGGGGAAGGCCCGACUCUGGUUCCAAGGUCUGGCCCCAGGGUCCAUCCGGAAUUUCCCCGAGCUGGCCAGGCAGUUCGCCGCCCAGUUUGUCUUCUCGAAAACUUACUCGAAAAAUGCGACUCAUCUUAUGGCAAUCAGGCAGAAGCCGGAUGAGUCCCUGAGGAACUUCAUGACCCGCUUCAACACGGAGAGCUUGCAGAUCAGCGACAAUGAUGAAAAGGUAGUCAUGGCCGCUUUCAUGAACGGGCUCAGGGUGGAAGAGCUCUUUCUCAAGCUCGCCGAGAAGCCUCCCGGGGACCUGGAAGAGUUCUUGAAUAGGGCGCACGCAACCGCUAAAGUGGAGGAAGCUGCUCGCCUGAAAAGAGAGUUAGAUCGGGAGUUCGGAAAUCGGAGAGGACGGCAAGGUCGACCAGGCCAGGGUCCGGGACGCACCUACCGCGGAGACAGGGGCGAGGGCCAGCGUCGUGACCGCCCUGAGCGGCGUGACGUCCCUCGGGCCCACUUCCCCGACCAAGACACCCAGAACUUGGUAGGGGUAAUAAACACCAUCGCUGGGGGCCCCACGGGAGGGGACAGCCAUACAGCUCGGAAGAACAGGCGACCUCCUCCGGAGGGGGAUGACUCCUUGAAGCGCCUGCGUAUGAACGAAGAGAUUACCUUCGGACCAAAGGAUGCGGUUCCCCUGGCGUCUGGAAACCACGAGGCCAUCGUGAUAGACAUCGUGACCAAUAACUACCGGGUGAAGAAAGUGUACGUCGACCAGGGGAACGCGGUGGACAUCCUGUUUUACCGGGUGUUCAAGGAGCUCGGCUUGGAGGACGGACAGCUAACCCCGGUUCGGACACCCCUGAUGGGCUUCACCGGACCGCCCAUCACUCCGGAGGGGAUGAUCACCCUGAUGGUCACGGUAGGGCAAGCGCCCAAAUGCCGUACCAUCCCCGUCAAUUUCGUGGUGGUCAAACAACAAUCCUCGUACAACGUGUUCUUGGGACGGCCCGCCUUGAAUGCCCUCAGAGCUAUCCCCUCGUCUCUCCACCUCAGCGUCAAAUUUCCCACCCCGGGAGGAAUAGCUGAGGUGCAUGGGGAUCCAGAGGUGGCCAGAGCUUGCUACCUGGCCGUGCUCCGGGGACAUGAGAAGGUGGUCGCCCAGACAACCAGCUUGGAGCCUUACAUCCCGGGGGAGGAGGCCCGGCAGCUGGGCACCCAGGACCAGAUCGAGGAGUUCCCAUUGAGAGAGGACAGGCCUGACCAGGUCCUCCGCGUCGGUGCGUCGCUACCCCCCGAAGAGAAGGAGGGCUUGAAGGCCCUACUAUGGGAGUAUGCCCAGGUUUUCGCGUGGACGGUAGAGGACAUGCCUGGGAUUCCUACCGACCUGGCUGUCCACCACCUCAACGUAGACCCCAGCUUCAAGCCAGUGAAGCAGAAGAAGAGGAGUUUCGCCCCUGAGAGGAAUUAG